ACCGAUUGCAAAACUUAACCGGUUGAAAAAUGGCAAAUCAUGGAGUAAACAUAGGACCAUUUUGGAAAGAUGGCCCAAGUGCUGGAAGUUUCUACAAUUUCCCAGGAAACUCUACGAAUCAAUCUGCAAAUGAUUACGGAAAACAAGCUUCAACAGGUCCAAUAACAACUGGAACAUCCAUUGUUGCUGUAAAAUAUGACAGAGGUGUGAUUAUAGCUGGUGACAUGCUUGUAUCUUACGGAAGUCUCGCUCGUUAUCAUAAUGUCGAUCGAGUUUUUCAAAUCAACGAAAAUAUUAUUCUUGGCAUCACUGGUGACUACGCUGACUUUCAGUUUAUAAAGCAAGUCAUCGAUGAGACAAUCCUUGCUGAUUUCUCAAUGGAUGAUAAAAUUGCAAUGAAACCAAAAGAUCUCUACACUUGGCUUACAAGAGUCUUAUACAAUCGUCGUAGUCGCUUCAAUCCUUUGUGGCUUGACAUGGUUGUUGGUGGAAUGCAAUAUGAUGAACCAUUCCUUGGUCACAUUAACUUCCGUGGACGAGCAUACACAAGUGAUGUCAUUUCAACAGGUUUUGGUACUCAUUUGGCACUUCCCAUUUUACGUGAACGCUCAGAAAAGGGAACAAUGAGUGAAGCAGAUGCUCAAGAAGUGGUCAAGAAAUCAAUGGAAGUUCUUUUCUAUCGUGAUUGUCGUGGUUAUCCGAGAUACUCUCAAGCUAACAUCAACGAUCAGGGAUGUACCGUAACUAAACAUGAUGUCCAACAAAACUGGGAUGUUGCUUAUCUCAUCAAGGGCUAUUAG